AGCGGGAGGAGACAGCGCGGGGCUCCGCGCCGCUCGGCCCGCAGUCCUCGGCCGCGGAACGGAGCCGGCGCCGCGCGAGCCCGAGUCCAGCCCGAGCCGCCCGGCCGCCUUUGUCUGCACCUCGCGCCUGGGUCGGGGACAGCUCCCCCCGCGGCGGGCGCGGGCCGAUGCCCCCGCAGCAGGGGGACCCCGCGUUCCCGGGCCGCUGCGAGGCGCCGCCCGUGCCGCCCCGCCGGGAGCGUGGGGGGCGCGGGCCCGGGGCGCCGGGGGGCCGGGGGCGCGCGGGCGGCGCGGAGGGGCGCGGCGUCAAGUGCGUGCUAGUCGGCGACGGCGCGGUGGGCAAGACCAGCCUGGUGGUGAGCUACACCACCAACGGCUACCCCACCGAGUACAUCCCCACCGCCUUCGACAACUUCUCAGCUGUGGUUUCCGUGGAUGGGCGGCCCGUGAGACUCCAGCUCUGUGACACUGCAGGACAGGAUGAGUUCGACAAGCUCCGGCCUCUGUGCUACACCAGCGCCGACAUCUUCCUCCUGUGCUUCAGUGUCGUGGGCCCCUCCUCCUUCCAGAACGUCAGUGAGAAAUGGGUGCCGGAGAUUCGCUGCCACUGUCCCAAAGCCCCCAUCAUCCUCGUGGGGACGCAGUCGGAUCUCAGAGAAGACGUCAAAGUCCUCAUCGAGCUGGACAAAUGCAAAGAGAAACCCGUGCCCGAGGAGGCGGCCAGGUUGUGUGCUGAGGAGAUCAAAGCUGCCUCCUACAUCGAGUGCUCGGCCUUGACUCAGAAGAACCUCAAAGAGGUCUUUGAUGCAGCCAUCGUCGCCGGAAUCCAGUACUCGGACUCUCAGCAGCAGCCCAGGAAGUCCAAGAGCAGGACUCCGGACAAGAUGAAGACCCUGUCCAAGUCCUGGUGGAAGAAGUACUGCUGUUUCGUAUGAUGCUGGUGGGGCCCCGACGGGCUGUGUUCCGACGAACUCCGCACUAGAGGCUAUAUUAGCUGAAACAACUCCUUUGACCAUGUAGAACCUGUAUAGAGAAUGCGCGUGUAUAUGGAUUAUAGGAGAUGCUCCAAUGUAUGUAUCCUUUCUUGCCUUUGACCUUCUCGUUUGUUUGAGCCGAGGGAUGAGAUACUUAUGCAAGAGAUUUUUGAAGUAAGUUAAGCGUUUGUCAUGACUCUGGGAAUUUAGAGCUCUAGACCUUUGGAUUAAUUUAUAUCUAAUAUGAAAAGGCACCUCAGAUCUGGGCGUCCAGAGUGAAAUUUUGCCACGAGAUAAUGCACAGAAGAACAAAGAGGAAAUGGCAUGGUUAGCUGUCCCUUGAUUGAGGGCCAGCUAUGGUCAGAGUAACUCUUAGCUUUGAAACCUCAUACUUUUCCCCCUUUUUUUUAAGGAGCAAAAAUCUGAGAAAAAAAAAGAGAGAGACCUUUGCCUAUAAAACCUCAAAUCAGUCACUUUGGUUGUAUUCUUAUACCUGGUUGCUUAAGAUUUAAAAGCAACCAACAAAAAAACAUGCCACUAACUAUGGUGCUGUGUAGACCAAAAAGGAAAAGUUGUUGAUGGGAGUUUUUCAUCCUGAGACCGUAUCAACAGCCAAAAUGCCAUGAGGAGUGUAGCAAGUGAUAGCUCUGUUUUCUUUAGGGAGUGAUUCACGUUGAGCUCACAGCAUGGUAUUUGCUGUCAUACACAUGAGCCAAACUGCCUGAACCUCUGGGAUGACAGCGCUCAGGAGACCUGUCGGGGUUGUUUCUUACCUUCUAGCCUUCCCUUGCCCCAUCUUCAGGGGGCGUGAACCCUCUUGCAAGGCCUGUAGCAGGCGGAUGUUUGGGGGACACAAAAUGUCCUUAUUUUCCUGAAGUCAGCGUAAAGGUACUUCUUUGUGUACGCACGCAAACACGGAUAUAGAGGUGGCCAUUCUUGCUUCUGAUUCAGACUUUUAAACAGUUAAUGGGAAAAAAUGUGGCCCCAGAAACAGCUGUGAGGGAAGCCUGGCUUCCUCUUUUAACACUUUCUGGAACAGAUCUCUUUUUGAUGAUGCCUUGAGAUGUGAUUCUAGGUGUAUCUUCACACAUUUUGGAGCCCAUGUUAAAACAUGAGCGUCUCUUAGAACCUAUUUUAAUAUGAAUGUCUCUUGAAACCUAUUAAAACAGCCAGUGAAAUCCACACAUGCCUUUCAGGGAGCUGGUGAUAGAGACAGCGCCUCGUGUGGGAUCGGUGGUGGCAGGGACCGCAGCACCCUUGCUCAGCUGUCUCCUCACUGUGGAACAGUCAGAAAACCACAGAUUGGUGACAUGUUUGUGUUCUUCCAGGUGGCGGUUUUUAGGGCUUCAUGUUCUGGAGGGGAAAAGUGCCCAAAGUGCCAGAGAGCAGUUUUACUCUGGGAUGGGGCUGCUUCUGAGAUGCCGAGAAGUAGCUGAAUGCAUCAGAUUGUCACGUCAGGCUUGCAGUGGUGAUGCAGAUCUACCAAAAUCAGUCAGUAACUGGGGAAAUCUCUGUAAUGCCAGCAGGUAGAGGAGUUUAUCUUUCUGUGGGUCUUGUCCUUUUUAUGUUAAAAAAAAAAAUCCAAUUUGUGUUUCUUUUUACAGAAAGUAAAUGAUCAGACUAUAGGUUAGAGGCUUCUUUUAUUUCUAUUAGUAAAUAAAAUUAACUAAUAUCCUUGUUUAAAAACUGAAAAACAUGCUGUUUAUUAUUUAUUUUUCAAUACAUUGAAAUUGAUAUCACUGCUUCCUGAAGCGUUUAGUUUACAUCCUGAGUGAAUAAAAUUACUUCAUUUGUGGAAAUGCCCCAAAUGGACCUAAUGAAAUGUGUUCGAAGCUUGGUGCCUGGCUCACCUACCCGUGAGCUUCCCAGACGGGGCUCUGCCUGCCCUGGUGUGGAGCGGGUGAGGAAGGGUUAUUUGACUGGCAAGUGAUUUCAAACAGUAUUUUUAUAGUAAAGCAAAUGUCAUGGAGUAAAAUGCAAGUUAAUUUUUAAGACUGAACACGACACUUGAAAGAAAUUUUAUGCCUGUGACAGCAUAUGGGGCUCUUCUUGGUCCCCCGGUGGAGGGGGGAACCUUUGCCACCCUCUGCCUUUAGGGCCAGCGGUUGGUGAGGAACACCUCUGUGGUCCAGUUCCAGAGCUUCACUCGUGUUUCAUUUUCAGCCCCGCUUGAUGCAGCCUGUACUAUUAGUGUGAAAAACCCAGAAGGUUGACACUGAGAUGCAACAGGUUUUAAUAUGUUGCCAAAUUUAUAGAAGAGUAAAUGCACAAUUGUACUCGAGGUUUUCCUCCAUUUUUACUUCUUGGGGAAAAUAAAGAUUUG